AUGCCGACCGCCCGCUCCAUGCCCAAAUACCGACCGGCGCCCACCCGUCUCCCGCCGGCCAAACUCCCAACGUUCCGCUCCGUCGUUUCGCACCCUCCACCCCCUUUCGCCGUCGCUCAGGCCGAGGCACAGGCACAGGAGGGGGCGAAGAAGGGGAAUCAGGGUGUGCAGCAAAGCGGGAGUACUGUAGUGAGUUUUGAAGGGACUGGGCUGGCGUCUGGGGUCACUCUUAGGCGGGAUGAGGGGCCCGCGAAGGGGAUGCGAGGCAAGUGGGGGUCGGGAUGGAGCGGGGUUGGGAGAGCUGGAAGAGGGUACGGAUGGAUAUCCAGUCACAUCGCCGGUAUUCUGCCUCGGCUUCUUAGAGCACACGACGAUGAUGAUGCUGGCGAAGUAUUCUCGUUGCAAUCGCGCGAGCGACUCACGCGACGACGGCCUCCACAGCCUUCAAAACGAACACUAGCACAAGAUCGAACGAGUCCGUUCACUGACACCAACAUCCACCUCUCACCCCCGCAGCCACCGUCCGGCUCUCACCAACUGUUCUUCUCCACCGCGCCCCGUUCGCUCAUCCCGCUCACGACCUCCCCCUCGAACCACAAGCUCUGGAACCCGCCCGCAGCCGACUCGAAAGCCGGACGAGCGGUCGAAAGGGACGAAUCAGGUCGACUCGCCAAAUUCGCUUCAAGGUUCGCUGGCUUGUCGAUGCAGGAAGCAGAGGGGGGUACGGGUCGGCGUAAUGGAGGACAGUUUGACGUCGAGAGUGAUCUGAGCUUCUUGGAAGGGGCAACGGUGCAGAGUUCGGGCAAGGCUUUGGGGAAGAAGGAGAUCGUGUACGUGCACCCACUUUCCAGCGAUCUGUGCUCGAAUACGUGCGGUGUGGUGCUUCCAAUGGGGGCUGCAAACGCUGACCCCGAACCUCUUCUGAAUCUUUGAGCAGCGGCGUCGUCAAGUCCGCCAAGAAGGGAAAGAAGUAA